CACUUAGGCAUGCAGACUGCUUCUACAAACAUUUGUGAAAGAAUGGGUCGCUCUCAGGAGCUCAGUGAAUUCAAGUGUGGUACUGUGAUAGGUUGCCACCUGUGCAAAAAGUCCAUCCGUGACAUUUCCUUGCUACUAAAUAUUCCACGCUCAACUGUUAGUGGUAUUAUAACAAAGUGGAAGCAACUGGGAACAACAGCAACUCUGCCACAAAGUGGUAGGCCACGUAAAAUGACAGAGCGGGAUCAGCGCAUGCUGAAGUGCGCAGAAGUCGCCAACUGUCUGCAGAGUCAAUAGCUAAAGACCUCCAAACUUCACGUGGCCUUUAGGUUAGCACAACAGUGCAUAGAGAGCUUCAUGGAAUGGGUUCCAAGCCUUACAUCACCAAGUGCAAUGCAAAACGUCGGAUGCAGUGGUGUAAAGCACGCCACCACUGCACUCUAGAGCAGUGGAGACAUGUCCUCUAGAGCAGGGGACCCCUGCUCUAGAGGGACAAAUCACGCUUCUUCUCUGUCUGGCAAUUUGAUGGGUUUGGCAGUUGCCUGAAGAACGGUACUUGCCUGACUUCAUUGUGCCAAGUGUAAAGUUUGGUGGAGGGGGGAUUAUGGUUUGGGGUUUUUUUCAGGGGUUGGGCUUGGCCCCCUAGUUCCAGUGAUGGAAACUUUUAA